CUGUCAAACUACUAUUUCCAGUUAAUCUUCCUUAAAUCCAUUUCAAAGCAAAAAAAAAUAAUAUAAUCAAUUGCAAGAUCAUUACGUAUAUUAUAUCACGAGAUCCAUCAUCACUAUUGAUUAUUUUAUUGUCAAAGAAAGAAAGAAAAAAAUCUAUAUUAACAAUGAAAAUGAUGAGUAUUUACUGUAAGAGUACACAAUAAUUUAUAAUUAAGUGACAUCGCCAAAUGCCAAUAUAUAUAAUAUAUAUAUAUAUAGGCACACAGAGUCACACACUACACAGCACGAAUUCAAUAUAUAUAUAUAUAUAUAUAUAUAUUUAAAGAAGUAGCCCCCCUCCUAUAAAGAAACCCCCCUUCAGGUAUAACGAAUUCACAAUUAAGUAAGGCAACACAACACCCACCCCAACAGUUGUCUCAGUGAUCGAUCAUGGCGUCCUUUUUCUGCUCCAUGAAAUUCUUCUUCCUCCUCUUUAUCAUCUCCGCCGUCCCCAUCGCCUUCCUCAUAUCACUCGAAACAGCCAAACCACUCACCCAUGUCUACAGCUACCACAGCACCGGAUGGCUCAGAGAGUCCAGCAAGUGGGACGAUCUCAACCGUCGCUUCCUCGUCUCCUUCCUCGAGGGCGGUGUGGGUCAGAUCCAGGUGCCGGACGACCACUCUCCGUCCGCCGUCUUAGAUGAAAUUCCGGUCAUCAAAGACGCUGACCUGGCCGGAAACGGCUCUUUCGGCAUCGUCAUCGACCGUCCCAGGAAUCGUCUUCUGGUUGCCAUCGCCGACGUGUUCGGAAAUCGCUACAGCGCACUGGCGGCGUACGAUUUAACCUCGUGGAAACGGGUGUUCCUCACUCCGCUCAGUGGCCCAGGAGAUGAGAAAUCAUUUGCAGAUGAUGUAGCAAUCGAUGGUGAAGGUAAUGCAUAUGUGACGGAUGCGAAAGCAAGCAAGAUUUGGAAGGUGGGGGUGAAUGGAGAUUUCCUGUCAAUCAUUAGAAGCCCACUCUUCACUCCAAAAGAGUGGUACAAAAACCUGGUAGCGCUUAAUGGAAUCGCUUACCAUCCGAAUGGCUACUUAAUAGUUAUUCACACUUUCACCGGCAAUCUAUUUAAGAUAGAUAUAGGGAAGGGAGAUGAAGUUAAGUUGAUUGAGGUGGAUGGGGGUCCAUUGUCAUUUGGGGAUGGCGUUGAGCUAUUAUCUCCUACUAAGCUCGUGGUUGCCGGAAACCCCUCCAGGUUGGUGGAAAGCUCCGAUGAUUGGGAAACCGCUGCGGUUGUGGGUAAGUUCAAAGGGCCACCACACAGGUUGGCCACUGCAGCAACUGUGAAGGAUGGAAAAGUGUACUUGAACCAUUUGAUCGGCUUGGGGUACCCUAGGAAGAAGCAUGUCCUUGUUGAGGCAGUUUUUUAAAUUUGAGAGUGAGUGAGUGAGUGAGGCACAAUCAUAUUCUAGUUGGGUAUUUUAUUUUUAAUGUGUAUCAAACUUUUGGGGUUUAAAUCCAAUAUGCAUCAAUAUAUGUUACUUUUCGCGGUAA